AUGCAUUUAGCUGCAUUACGUGCAUGUAUGGAAUUAACAUCUAUUAUGAAUGAUACAACUACAUAUUAUGCAUGUUAUGAAUCAUACUUUAUUGCUAUUAAACAAAUUAAUCAAUUAUUAUGGUAUAAUGAUAGUAUAGAUACAGGUUAUUUCUUAGCUUAUACAGGUGGACAAGGUGAAAAAGCAAUAUUUACACAUGCAUUGUAUGGUCAAGUAUUAGCAUUUACAUAUGGUUUAGGUCCUUUAUAUAGUAUAUCAAUAAUGAAAAAACAUUUAGAAAGUGAAGUACGAUUAGCAGAUACACCAUAUGGUUUAAGAAUGUUAACUGAACGAGAACCAUUAACAAAUCCACAAGAUAAUUCUAUAUGGAUGAGUGCAUCACAAGAUUGGUCUGUAUUAAAUUUAUGGUUUAAUAUAGAUUUAGAUAAUGCAUUAAUACAAUCGAAAAAAGGUUUAAAUCAUGUAAGACAAAUAUUAAAUGAUCAAUGGAAUACACAUGGUUUAUAUGCAAGUGAUGGUUAUGGUAUUGGAGGAAAACCAUGGGUUACAUCACAUUAUGGUUUUCAUAUGGUUUUAUGGCAUUUACCAUUUGCAAUUACAGGUCAAUAUACAGAUUUAACAAAAGGUAUAUUAUUAUUUUCACCUAAAUUACGAUCACCAUUUCUUUUGCCUGUACUUAUUCCCAAUACUUUUGGAUCAAUAAGUGCAACUCCAUUAUUAAAUGGACAAUCAUCGUAUACAUUUACAUUAGCAAUUGGAAAUUUAUCUUUGAAUAUACUUGCUAUUAAUAAUGUGAAAUAUCCAGGAAGUAUUCAUCUAACAGCUGGACAAUCGGUACAGUGAAUUGGAUGAUUGAUCAAUGACAAUUAAUAUUUAUUAUAACUAUAAUUAAAUAAAAAAGAAAACUUUUUUUUGUGCUUUCCAUUCUUGAACAAUUUUCUAACAAUGUAGUAAGCAGUAUGUGUUUGGUUCUUUAAUUUUGACAAUAAAAAUAUAUAUGAAUAAUAUUGAAAACAUUAAAUUCAAACAGAUUUAAUUAUUAUCUAUUUCAAAAUAUAAGAGCCGU